AUGUUUAUUGGCGUUUUAUUUCUAUUGACUGCUUGUUAUCGCGUUUGUUGGUGUCAAUAUGAUCUACUUGAUGUUGUGCGAGGUAUUCGAAUGUCUGUCAAUGACGAUUUGUUUGUCUCAGCAUCGAAUGCAUUCUCCAACUUCGCUGUUCUUAUGCAUCCAUUCGGAAACAUUAGCGCGGGAGAACCUGUUCUAUGUAAUAUGAAAUACAAUCCCACUGAUCGUUUCGUUCAUAGUGUAGUUGUCAUAGGCAUUACUAAAAAUAGUACGGAUGCAAAUCAAUUUAUGUUCGUUUUCGCAGCAGAAAAAAUGUCCACAAUGACUCCAAUCGUCUGCAUCGGAAUAAUUACAAAAUCAACUUGUGCUUCAACAUAUGCAUGUACCGAUGUGGCUCCAGCAGGAUCGCAUCAAGAAUACUUUCUCAUUAAUGUUGAUACAAAUAAAACAUUUGCUUAUGGACUCACAAAUUCAUUUGUAUUUAAGCUGGAUAUCUAUGCCAAUCAAAUUGUUUCAAACUUUACUACAGACGAUAUUUGGCCUGGCCAUGGUUUUAUUCCGCGUGCAAUCGAUAUAGCAGAUACAUGGGCAUUCGUCACUGGUUAUGCAUAUGUUAUACAGCAAUCCAACAAACCUUAUGGAGUCUACGGAUGCCUGGUUGAUUUGUCGCAAAUAGUCAAUGCAUCUUGUAUAUCUAUUGCAACGGACCCAUCCUAUCUAAUACCGUCGAAUCUCAUGACAUACAAUGAACUAUAUGAAUUAUCUGUCACUAUUCGUGGUCAAAAGAUUCUCGUUGGAGUUCAUCGUCUAUCAUCAGUUAUCAUUCUGUACAAUCAUGGCUCGUUCUUGAAUAUCACUAGUACAUAUAUCUUAUCAUUUAUUUCAUCAUCUUCCAUUGGUCGUGUUGUCGCCUGGGCUGAUGAUACAACAAUCGCUGUCUUAGUUCAAGAUCCUUUUGAUACAAGCUGGUCAACGACACAAAUAUUCUUUUACCAUGAAAACUCAGUCAGCAUGACUUCUCCUUUAUUCACAUUUCCGAAUCAUCAACAAGUCUUGGGAAGUCGUUUGUCACGCCCAUCAUUUGCUCGAUUCAGCAUCACUAUGAAUGGUAACAUGGCUAUUCUAACGGACAAAGCCGAUGUUGUCAUUGUUCCUCUGAGUUGUGCUGGUUUUGCUUCACAAUGGAUCGAUAUUACAGCACGAACCUAUGUCUUCUACUUUGAACCAAGACUGUGCAUUGGUGGUACUUAUAAGAAUCAAUCAAGUCUCGGUCCAUGUCAAAUUUGUCCUUCAGGUACUCGAAAUUCGGGUACAUCUGUAAAUGCUGUUCACCAAUGCAUGCCAUGUUUAACAAACUCAUCCAACUCAUUCUGUCCACUUGCAGCACUCGUAGACGUUGAUCUGACAAAUGUACCUUCCUACAGUCAGGUAGUGGCUUAUCCUGAAACGGUUGAUGCUUCCAACAUUGAAGAUCUUCUUAUCAAGAAUGUCUUUCAAAUUGGAACAGAUAAACAUUGUUUAUUGAUUUCUCCUUUGCUGUGGACUAUCAUCAUAGGCAGUUUAUGUCUUCUCUUCGUGAUUGGUAUGAUCGUUACGAAUCUCGCCAAAUGUAAAUCAUGGAUGGCAUACAACCAGAAAGCCAAGAUUAUCUUCAAACAUAUGGAUAUUAUUGGUGAAGGUGAAAUGUGGUUUGGUGGACUAGCAACAUUGGCUAUUGCUAUUCUCGUAGCGUUUUCCUAUUGGUUUUCAGCCGCAUUUAUCAAACGUUAUCCGAUUGAAAAUAUUCAUGAACCAGCUGUAUUUGCUUGUGAUGAAAGCUUAGUUAAUUCCCAAUUCUCGACAGCUCUCGAACUUCUUGCUAUUCCCAAAUCGGAGGAUGCUCAGCCUAUCUUUGACCUUCUCGACAAACAAAUCUUUGUUCUAUCGCUUGAACUCAUCAAUACUGGCUUUCCAUGUGUAUCUAUCACUGUUCAAGAAAAUUUUCUCGCGUCAAAAUAUGUUUCACUGUACACCAGUUGUCAAGAAUAUAUCGAAACAGCCAUCACAUCGAUAACAUUUUCUCUUCCAAGACAUUUGACAACAAUACAGAUCAACAUGACAGGACCAUAUUGGAUUGGUGCUUUGCGUUUAUGUAUUCGAGGACAAGGUGAAACAAAUGCGAGUACAACACUGCGUGAACUUAAUUUUUGCCAGUUCUAUGCAACAACAAAUCAAGUAAUUGGUCGGUACUCGUCUAUUCCAAUUGUAUUUGUGAAAAAUAUCAAUAUGACACACGCACUUGGUUCAUCUGAUUCGACAUCAUAUUCAGGUUUAUGGAUGCCAACAUUUACUGAUGUUUCAUUGUCGGAUGAAGAUUAUUAUGUUGAAUUUGGUAGUUACCUACGAUAUACAUCAUCGAUGACUAUCUUACAAAUCACACUGGACGAACGACCGUUCUAUAUCAAGAAUAUUCAACAACCAAUUGUUCGAACAGCUGAAUUAGUUUUUCAUGAUUUAUUGUUUGCUUCACUUUGUAUUGAACUCUUUGCCUUAGCUUUUCUCCUGAUCAAACUUAUUGUCAUACCCAUCUGUCGAUGGUUUGGUCGCUUAUGCAGCAAAUUUCUUCAUCGAUAUAUUGGAUUUGAACAUUGUCAUACAUUUUUGCGAAAGCACUCUCGUUCAAACUCUGAAAAAUUCGCUGAACUCCAAGAAAAUGAACAUGAUAAGUGUGCACCAUCCAAAAUUGAACUAUGCACGACUGUAGCAGAUACUACAGUUUGA